GCCUCAGAAUGUUACAAACAACAGUCUCUACACAAGGCUUCACGUUUCAACUUAUUAACGGCGUUUUACUUUACUUCUUUUUGGUUAUGGUCAAAAAACAUUUAUCGAACGUUGUCACAGCUUUUACGCGAGUAUCCGAUAUUUUUGGCGGAUGUUUUCUUUGCCUGUUUUACUUUCUUGGAUGGAAUUUUAAUUCCGCCAAAUUGUGCAUUCGAUUUUAAUUAUAUGGAAAAAGGUCACCGAUUCCUUUGUUAUUUAGUUGACCCUCUUGAGAGGUCAAUCAAGUUAAACUCUUUCGGCAAUUAAAAUAUAUUAAAUUUAAGUCAACACCUUGUUAAACAGGACGACCACCCGCGAAACCAAGCGCGUUGGAAACUGGUGCCAUUUAUAAAUUAACUGAAGCUCUCCCUCGCAAGAUCAAGGUGUUUUUAAACAAGUACCUUAAAUUACUUGGCCCACUUGUAUGUACACCCUAUACUAACGAACAAUACAAAUCCAGACAAAUUUUGAAGCUUGCAAAGUUUUGCUGUUGAAAGGAUGUUGCUGGUACGAAUACCAGUCUACUGUUACCCCUGCAAAACAAGUAUCUUCCGACGCUCAUCCAGAACUCUAUAAUAUUUUGUUUGUUUGUAGUAGGAAGGAAAAUGAGAAAAAGGACUAAACGACAGGUACAUCUGUGUGGCCAAAUUGUGUAACUCAAAAAAUAAAUUGUCUGCUUUAUCAUUCCAUUAUCGAAAGGAAUAAAAGCUACCUCAACUCUGUAACGGGUUAAAACUUUCGGUAAGGACACAAUUUACCACAGCGAUACCUGAACAUAAGAAGAUCUGAUAUUUUGAAAAACCCACCAUAAAGAUAAAGACCAUUGUUGCAAACAAUACUUCAUAGUUUUACUUCGAGGAAAUUAGUAUCUGUUUAUGUUUAGACUGCUUGUGAUGUACACUAAUCGAAAGUGUACAUAAACGUACGGUUGGUUUGCAACCGAUUCGUUAGUUAAUUCAACGAAAAUCAGUAGUUGCGAAAUAGAAAAUGACGAGUGAGAUUAUCAAAUACUUUACUUUAAGUCUAAAAUUGCACACAAGGGUUGCACUCUCCCAUAAUCAUAAAUUACCGUACCGAUCAGAAAAAAAAGACUAGUGGGCGGUCCAUAUGAUAAACAUGUAUACCCGCCUGCCCGAAAGAGAAAAUAUUGGUCUGUUUACGUAUAAAAUCGGUUAUGUUUACAAACAAAUCGAACCAAAGAACUCCUAGUUACUGAUAAGUGUAACCAGAAGAACAGCCUCUUGCCAUAGCUGGCUAAUAUUUAAGCAUGUUAUUUCUUCUUUCUUGGCUUAUUCACGUUAAAUGAAAUCCCUGGAGGCAAUAUAUGUCCAUUGUCCAUCAAAAGUUUUUUGCGCGGUGAGAUUAUUCCUCAACCGUGAGAACCAUGGCGCGCGUUGUCCUUCCCUUAGUUUUCCUUUAUUCAAAGGCGCCGCGCCACACGCUCGCAUUUCCCCUAUUUUGCUCGGCUGCUAAAAACGUUUCCAGCGGUUAAGACAUCAGGGAUGGAGCGGCGGACAAAUUCGUUUUCAGAACUGGAGAUGCUUUACGUUCUCAAACAACUUGUGCAGAGAACAUUAAUGAAAGGUACGUUUAUCUCGACCUAUUAACAAUAUUUAGCCUCCGAACGGUUCGGUUAAGCUUAAUUAAUUCGCAAUAGUGAUCAACAACUAUUUUCUCCUUACAAGAUCAAGAUACUGUCAGACGAACAGGUGACGAGAAUGGAGAAAAUCGUCAGAUAGAGAGGAGCGUGUGUCUAGAUGCGUCAGAAAAUUCUCACAGGUAAUAUUUUGAGAAAUGUACGGAAACCACUAGGGAGAAUUGACGUUUCAAUCGAAUUCGAUGAGCAGAUAUCAAUAUCAAUAAUAAGACAUCAAUAAAGCCGAGCAACUGGAGAUUUCAGAAAUGCAAGUAAAAAGCUAUGGUUAAGUUUAAUAGCAUGUGUCAUACAUACAGACAGAGGGAAAAACAUUCUGCGUAUGACAAAGUCGUAACAGAGUGAUGAAAAUGGAGAAUAAACAGUUUCGUGCAAUACUAGGAGGAGGAGGGGGCAGUUUACUAGUCCCUGAAUGACUGAUAUAUCGCCACAAAAUGGUUUAUGACUUUCCCUGCUUUAUAUUAUUGUAAAAUGAGUGGCAGUCUCGGAAAUAUGUUAUUUUUCAAGGGCACGUGAAUUGAUCGAAGGCACUUUAUCUCAGUUGUCUAAAAGACCUCACGAGGGUAUUUUCAAGUGUUUAUCUAACAAUAAGUUGAGUAAAAUCAUGGCAAAUAAUUUGAUGAAAAUGAACAUGUCGUGACAAUAUUGACAAGUUUUACCCUUACGGGCAAAUAUAUUUUAGCAAGGUACUGUGUAUUUAUCGGAUGAUUAAGAAGACACAAUGCCAUUUUCUAGAGCUACUCUUAUAGUUUGCUACUGGACAUUAGACCGUACACUUCUGGUCACCUGCUUCGCGUGUCCUUUUCAAACGAAAAUCUAAAUCAGCCGAAACAAAUUUCGUUUAGGGAGGGGAAAAAACAAUACACCCUUUUUAAAUUUACCUUGUUAGAUUGUUAGCAUUGCUGUUGUUGGCCACAGACUUAGCGACUUGGGCUUUUAUAGAUUAUUUUCCGCUAAUGGUCUGGUAAAUUAUCUAACUGAACAGGGUUAAAUAGAGGAACCAAAACGAAACAUGGGUGGUGUAUAUUGACACGUCCUUGUGCCCCGAAAUUGCCUUUCAACAUGUUUAACCAAGACCUGGGAGAUAUUCAAUUUUUGCCAUCAAAGGGCUUCACUUGAGGAGAAAGUUAUACAAAUGCUUUGUUUUGUCUUCCUUCCAACGUGACCUCAAUAUUGAUUGUUUUUGCUCGAUGAAAGUUCGUUUAACUGAAUUCCCGAUUGUCAAAGCAAUGUAUUAUAACUAAAUUAUGUUGGGCAAACAACUCUAUAUAUAAUUUUAAAUUAAAUCUGUUCCUGUAGUCAGGGCUAUUUUUAACAGCCCAAUUUUUGAUACAUUUUAAUUUUAAUUUUUGUUGAUAACAAACUCUAGUAAAAGCAUGAUAAGUAAAAUACACAUUUCCGCUGAAGUUUUUUCCUUAAGUGGAAAUAAAAACAAGGUUAUUGGGACUGUGCUUUUUCCGGUAUAAAAUUAUGACAUUUAAAUUGUUCAUUGAACUUAAGGGGUCACCAGCAUUUCAUGCACCUAAGACAGUGAACGUACCACUCAUAGUGUGAAAUUUUGAUUGCCGUAACGAAAAAACCUGUCGCCCAGUGUGCUUUUGAUUGGGGACAAACAGGUGAUCUUUCUGGUUCCAUGAGAUAAGACGACUUAAUCCAAAUUCCGCGCCCCUUAUGUCAUCUUUUUACUGUUCAGGAACCGGCGACAGAAACUACUUGUGAUGUAAUAACAAAAUAAUGGUUGGAGAGAUCGCGCUCAUUUCCUUGGGGAAGUUUUAAUGUACUAAAAAGCCACAUAAUGUUUGGCUGGUCGCCGCCAAAUAUUCUGGCGACUUUAGUACUUCUCAUAUCGCUUCUUCUUCUUUUUGACCGAUCGCCAACACAAGCCAAGCCGUACCCUAAACAGAAUAUUCUAAGUACAUAUACAGCAGGUAACCUAGGAGGCUUCAAUGAAGGAGAUUGGCCAGAACUUGUAAACUUUAAAAAUGGCCACUAUAUAGAGAGAGACAAGCGAAGUCCGACAGAAGUCGAGGACGAAUCGUCGAACGAUAGUGAAGGGAAAACGAUAAGUGUGAAACCUAGAAAAAGGCAAGGCAUUGAAACGCCCAUAGAGCCUUUGACUUCCGAUUCUGGUUUAGAUAAAGACACUUUUCCGCGCUUGAACGGUGAAGAAAAUGUCCGCUCUAAAGUGGAUCAGCCUGAGAGCGAAUCGAUUGGUGUCUCAGUUGAGGAGGAAAAGAAAGCUGUUGAUGACACAACUACCGACACCUCCACUACUCGACCUGUACAAGAAUCAGCAGAAAACGCCAAAAGCAGCAAUUUGAAAUCAGAGGAAUCAAACGAUGGACAGGAGAAAGAACACGAUUCUUCAACAAAGGAAAAUGUGAACGGUGUUCAAAUUCAACAGCACGAAUCUGAUCAUUUGAAAACGGAAGAUAAAGCUGAUUCAAGUAGUGCAAUUUUAAAUAACGAUCAAGCUACUGUGAACAAACUUAGUAGGAAUGAAGGAGAAAACAAGGCUGAAUCAAGCAGACCUGUUGAUGAAAAUGCACAAGUUCGAAGUGUCCAGGAGAGUGGUAAGCUCGGAAACGUUCCUAGUGACAAGAACGGAGUAAGGUUUCCUGGGGCUUCCCCACAGUUGGAUGAUAGCCAAUCUAACACGGGUAUCAAAACAAAUCCGCAAGAAACUCAGACGACAAUAGCAAGCAAUGUCAACAAACAAGUAAAUGUCGAUGCAAAAAUAACAACAGCCAAAGUUGAAACACCAGUCACAACAACUCCUUCAAAAGAUCAAAACACCGCAGCUCCUGCAGAAAGCAAUGCAGCAAGUUCAACAGCUAAAACGCAGUCAUCGUCCCAAGAAAACGCAGCAAUACACACCGUGCCCCAAAUGCAAAACGUACCGGUAGAACCAGUGCGAGACGCCUUGGGAAACAGUGGUUCAGAAAUUGUGACAACUCGUGGAGCAUCGGAUCUUGACUCGUACGCAGAAAGAGACACUGAACCGAAGCCGUCUAAUGGACCUGAGGUGGGGCAUUUUCAAGUGGAUGAUAAGUCUGCCGAUUUAGAAAUAAACGCAAAUUCUGCUGGAGUGAAAGUUAAAGCGAAACCUGCUUCUUUGCAGGUGGUUUCACGCCCGGGUUCUCACUCAGCGUCGGCGGGUGCACAAGAGCGAUCUUUGUAUCACCAUUAUCAUUAUCCACCCUAUCAUCCCCAUCACCACUGGUAUCCUGGCAUGCGAAGAUCGUACGGUCAUUUUCACGGCCACCAUUUUUUCCAUCCAUAUCAUUCUUUUCCUGAAAGACGUGGUUUUGAUAGCUUUUACGACGAAGCACCCUUUUAUCGCCGACAUAUGCGCUACUGGUACCCUCGCCGUCAUCGACACCAUUUUCAUGACUCUGAUUUAUACGAACGGUCGCGGAUGGAAGAGCCGGAAAGUUACCCAAAAUAUCGUGGACGGAGACGUCACAAAAGGCGUUUCAGGCACAUGAAUGGGCCGUAUAGAAGGCAGUUUUACAAUAACAUUCCGAUAAUGAACGGUAUGGAAUCGCCACAGAUGGGUAUGACACCAGAAGAGGGAACAAUGCCACAGCUACCUAUUGGGGGAGGAAUGCCAUUUACCCAACGGCAGAAUAUAAUAACUCCAAUGCCUGCACCUAUUAACAUCGCUGGAAAUCCACCUCCUGGACUACUCGGAGGAGUUAAUGCAGCCAACUUUGCAAUGAACGGACUAAACGGAAUGAACGGACUAAACAACUUCAAUGAAGUAGGUCAAAUGAAUAGCUUGAAUGCAUUUAAUGGAAUAAGUGGCAUGAACCGCAUGACCAACAUGGGUGCAAUGGGUCUUAAUUCUCUUGGACAAAUGGGAGCAAUGGAAGGCCUACCAGCAGGAUUCAAUAGCCGUAUGGAAGGAAAUGCAAAUUUUGGGGAAAUCCCUGGAACAGCUAGAGCACUAGGCACGAGGAACGCAAACACAAUGCCUGAGGCUCCACGGAUGGCUUUCAAGAAAACUGCAAUUCUUUCAAAUAUGAAGAGUAAAAACGCAACCAAAGAACAUACAAACGACCAAAAGAUGAAUCCUAAAAGGAAUUCCACAAAUGUAAACUUUAAGAAAACGCAUAGUACGGAAAGCAAGCACAAAGGAAAAGUGAAUAUUAAAAGCUGGGAGAAAACUUUGAAGCGAUAUCACAGACUGAACGUGUUUACGUCAAAGGCACAAGAACGACAUCAAUUUCGUAGAAAUGCUAAAUCUUCUGGGAAAUCAGAAACAAAGAAAAAAGAUGAAGAAAUAAAAAGAAAGCAUAGCGUAUCACAUCCACACACACAGCAUGCAAAAGACGUAAAAGGAAACCGGAAAAAUGCAAUUGUAAUGCAUCGCCCACCAAUCAUCUAUCACCCGCCACCAGAAAUUUACCACCGUCCUGACAUAGUCGUUCAUCGUGCACCCAUAAUGCUACAUCGACCACCUAUAAUUUACCAUCAACCUCCUGUUGUCGUUCAUCGACCUGCAAUAAUCUACCAUCAGCCACCGAUAGUAUUCCACCAGCCACCUCCAGUAGUCCAUCAGCCAAUCUUACGCUCACAUGACACGUGGGUAACAAAGCCGAUGGUGUAUCACACAGCAUCCAUGGUUUCUCAUGCAAAGACGUACUAUGGCAUUCCAUCUCAUGUUUACUCUGGUGACUAUGGAAUGGGGUGUCACGGAGCACAUUGCUCUUACAGGAAAGGAGGAGUGCCACAUGGCAAUACUACCCAAGUCAAGAACAAUACAGACUCAAAAGAUCAUAAAAAGAAAUCAAAACGUGACAGUUUUAGCGAUUACAUGGCUUAUUUUACCUCUUUGUGGAAACCUAAGGGGUUGACAAAAAGAGAAAUCGACGAUGGGUACGAAUUCAUUUCGUCAACGGACGGUGCCAAAGAAAAGUUAACCUUCAGAAAUACGAAUUUCGGGGAUGUUGAUAAGAGAGACACAAUCCCAGAAUAUCACAACUGGAAUCCAAAAGUCAAACGGGAGACUGAAAAAGAGGAGACAGAGGAUUCGAAGGACGGAACGCAAAAGAAGAAGAAAAAAGAUGUGGUGGUCAACCGUCCUCCUAUAAUCUAUCACCCUCCGCCAGAGAUUUACCACCGUCCAGACAUAGUCGUUCACCGUCCUCCUCUGGUGAUCCACAGACCACCUAUUAUCUAUCAUCAACCACCAGUAAUUGUUCAUCGACCAGCCGUGGUGUACCAUCAGCCGCCAAUUGUUUUCCAUCAACCACCGCCUGCUGUAAGUCAACCCUUGUUGUAUUCUCAUGAUUCUUUCACUGUCCAUCCUUCUUUCUAUGCCACGCAUCAUGGCUCCGUCGUACGCGACUUCGGACAUUACGUUGGGGUUCCAAAUGUCAUUACAAAUUACGGAAAUCCUCUAUUUGGAAGAGCACCUCCAAUAGGCAAAAGAUCAAAGAUAGAAACCUCACCUUCAAAAGAAAAUUCAACUACACCAAAUAACGGCAAUUCAACAGCAGCUGCGUCUAAGCGAGCGUCUUUUGAAGACCAUAAUAACAAAGCAAAGAACGAAUCCAGUGAAAAAGCAGGGAAGAAGAACACUGUUGUUGUCAGUCGGCCGCCAAUAAUAUACCACCCACCUCCUGAAAUUUAUCAUCGGCCUAUCAUUGUUGUUCAUCGCCCCCCAAUUAUGAUUCAUCGUGCACCCAUAUUUUAUCACCAACCACCUGUCGUUGUUCAUCGCCCAGCUAUAGUGUAUCACCAGCCACCCUUGGUAUUUCAUCAACCGCCACCCAUGGUUCAUCAACCAGUCCUGAAGUCUCACGACACUUGGGUUUCUCACCCUAUGGUGAUUCCUUAUUCCUCUCGGGUGUUGCAUCAUCACACAUACGUGGGUGUUCCAGAUGCCUAUACUGUGCAUCACUUUGGAGGACACGGGAACUCGUUUUACAAGUCACACAUCUUAAAACAUUCUAAAUCACUCGAGGAAGACGCAUCCGAAAGAAAUAAGAUAACUGGCGAGAACAACUCGACAAAACCAGAGAGAGAUUCGACUUACAAAAGCAAAGUUACAGCGCACGAUACAAAGCACAGAAUUGCCUCGAAACUGAAAACCAAAAAAUCUGGGAGUCAAAAAGGAGGCAAGAAAAAUGCAGUGAUCGUGCGACGUCCUCCAGUUAUUUAUCACCCGCCCCCUGAAAUAUACCACCGGCCAGAAAUAGUGGUUCAUCGCGCCCCUAUUGUUAUCCAUCGUGCUCCAAUAAUCUACCACCAACCACCCGUAAUUGUACAUCGACCAGCGAUUGUGUACCAUCAACCAGCGCUCAUUUUUCACCAGCCUCCACCGGUCGUACACCAACCAGUUUUUAGGUCACAUGACACGUAUGUGCGCAGACCAGUAUUAAGACUAUACGGAUCCCGAAUGCACCAUACGGGGCAUUUGUACCAUAUUCCACACGCUUAUUUCCAUGGACAUGGUGGUAUUCACUACAUGGCUUAUGGAAAAUCCAAGGUGCCUCAAAAGGAAAAUAUUCAAGAAGAAAAAGGAGACACAAGGGCCACUGUUAAAAGCAUGAAAAGAGACAGAAAGUCGGGAAAGGAGAAAAGCAAUAAAAAGACUCACCAUACCAGGCGAAAGCAUAUUGCCCUUACGAGAAGCAAAGACAAAACAGAAACUGGAAUAAAGCUACACAAGAACCAUGGCUCACCCUAUCAGGUUACUUACCAUAAGGCAAAAGAGGUUACAGAAAAAGCAAACAAAAAGAACUCUGUUGUUAUACACAGGCCUCCAAUCAUCUACCAUCCACCACCCGAGAUUUAUCAUCGACCAGAUAUUGUAGUACACCGUGCUCCAAUAGUGCUCUAUCGUGCUCCUAUUAUAUAUCAUCAACCACCAGUAGUGGUUCAUCGUCCAGCCAUUGUUUACCAUCAGCCACCAAUCGUUUUCCACCAGCCACCACCUAUGGUCCACCAACCAGUCUUGCACUCGCAUGAUACCUGGGUGACAAAGCCUGUGGUCGUUCCCUAUGCUUCACAUGUACGCCACGUGGCUACAUACAAAGGUGUGCCUCAUGAGGAAAUAUUUAUGCACGGUAUAGGUACUGGUGCGUUCGGAAAAUCACACGUUCCUGUAACAAGCACCCGAAGGAACAAGAUAGACAGUGUUAAAAGCAAAAACCAAACUGAAGAGGAAGAGCCGACCGACCAAGCUAAGAAUCCUGAAACGCAAGCGGCAGAUGAUACACAGCAACGCAGAACUGGCAAUCCCAAGCUUGGAGCAGGAAAGAGAAUUGUGCGAGCUUUGAGUGAUUCCUUGGUAGAUGAACAGUUGAAUUUUGAAGAGAAUAGGAACACUGUUGGAGCGGGUACAAGAAUUCAAAGAAGCCUUCCCAACUUAAUUCCAAUGUUCGGGCACCAACUGGCUAGUGCAUAUUCCAGUGAAUUUCCCUUGAAUCUUCAAGGGUACGAUCAGAUUUCAGAGGCAGCUGUAGGGGCUGGAACCAGAAUUCAACGAUCCAUUGACGAUGGCUGGAAUCCUUACAUAAAACCACACACCAAUAGUGUCACGACUCCAGUGGGCGCGGGUGCGAGGAUAAAGAGAGCGUUAGCAGAUCCGCAGGCACCAUUUGAAGACAAGAAGUCAAAGAUGGGCUCCAAGGAAGCUAACCAUCAAAGAAAGAGGAAAGAUGUCCAUAAAAAGAAGAAAGACGUAGUCGUGAACCGACCUCCGAUCAUUUACCAUCCACCACCAGAGGUAUACCACAGACCAGAUAUUGUUGUACACAGGGCUCCCAUUCUUAUUCACAGACCACCAAUUGUCUACCAUCAACCUCCUGUUGUUGUUCAUAGACCAGCUGUUGUUUAUCAUCAACCACCAAUUGUAUUUCAUCAGCCUGCUCCAGCAGUUAAUCAACCAUUACUGUUCUCCCACGACAGUUUUGUUGUUCAUCCAAUGGCGUUUGCCUCUCAUAUGGGUUCCGUUGUAAACGACGCUGGUCAUUACGUUGGCUUACCACACGGUGGUGUAACUAAUUUUCCUGGCUCCAUCCCUCACGGUCCAACGGGACACGUCUUUUCUGCAUUAAACUCACCCAACUGGGCAAGAAGAACUGAAGUUUUGAAACCACAGAAUGAGAAGCAUGCUAAAGGCGACAGCGCGAAGCAUGGAAAACAUCAAAGGCGCUCUAGUGACUUAAGGGAUGGCCAAAACGAAAGAAGCGCAAAAAGGAAUGAUAAACCAACAGAGCAGAAGAGCAAGUAUACCAAAGGUGAGAGAAAGAAUAAAGUUAUCGUUGCACGACCUCCUAUGAUUUAUCAUCCGCCACCCGAAAUUUAUGACCGACCAAAUAUCAUAGUUCACAGACCAGACAUUGUGAUACAUCGGCCUUCAAUUGUUUAUCACCAACCGUCGGUGGUAAUUCACAGAGCACCGGUGGUUUAUCAACAGCCUCCAGUUGUAUUCCAUCAACCAUCACCAAUGGUCACACAACCGGUAUACCAUGCCCAUGAUACAUAUGUCGCACAUGCUGUGUUUCACCCACAUGUGAGUAAUGUUGCGCACACUGCAACGUAUGUAGGAGCACCUCAUGUCUACCCUGGAUAUAAUGAUUACGGAUGGGGAUUAUCAGCACAUGCACCCAUCGCACAGAUACCCCAAUACGGCUAUGCAGCGAAUUAUCGCACAGUAUCUCCAACAAAUGGCUACUCUACGUAUGGACCUGCCAUUGGAAGAUCACAGGUAGAAAAUGGUAGACUCAAGAAGAAUAAAAAGAAAGAUGAAGAAAUGCACAAUAAAAAUUCAACUUUAAAACAGGACAAGAAGACGCGUAAAAGAAGAUCAGGACAAUUGAGCAAGCGCCACUUCCAUCACCAUCACUACCAUCACCACCAUCACCAUCAUCGGCACGGUCAUCACCAUCGCGGAAGUAAACGUUUCUAUCACCUCCGACCAAUCAGCUCUUUUGCUCAUCGAGGGCAUCGUAAACAUGUCGUUAUCAUACACCGACCUCCUCUUAUUUAUCAUCCUCCAGCACAAGUUUAUCGUCAACCAGAUAUUUUGAUGCACUUACCUCCACUGGUUUAUCACAGGCCGGCGAUAAUGUUUCAACAACCACCGACGAUAGUUCAUCAUCCUUCGAUAAUUUAUCAUCAACCUCCUGUUGUCUUCCACAAUCCUCCGCCAAUAAUACAUUCGCCAGUAAUGCAUUCCCACGAGAUUAUAACGCCUCACCUUCAGCACGUUAUGGUUCCUUCCACGUCAUAUGUACACCCUGCCGGGAAUUAUUUUGGGCCCGUUGUCGCAGGCCCAGCUUAUGGAAAGUCUCAUAUAGAGCGAACUGAUUCUGAGAAAGACCUCCAGAAAUCCAAGAGCGUGUCCCAUUUAGAGGGAAGUAAAUAUGAAAAUGCAAAGUUUGAUGAGAAACGAGAGACCUCUGGUACACCAGAAACAAAGACAGACAACAAAGGAUCAAAAAAGCAGAACGUCGACGUUGUAGUUCAUCAGCCACCAAUAGUGUAUCAUCCACCACCAGACAUCUUUGACAAGCCCGCUGUUGUAAUGCAUCCGCCUCCCAUGGUGGUCCGUCGUCCCCCUAUCCUCAUACAUCGAGCUCCUCUUGUGGUACACAGACCUCCCGUGAUUAUACACAGACCUCCUAUAGUACUUCACCACCCAACACCGGUGUAUCAUGUGGCACAUGGCCACUUUUUUAAUCCAAUGAGAUAUGCUAUGGGAAGGUCGACAAUACCAAAGACGAGUUCAAAGAUAUCGAGGUCAGAUAAACACAGCGCUGGACAACAUGAUGAUAAGAAAAGCGCGACAAAUGUCGCUCGAGAAAAAUCAAACACCACAAAAGGGGAACGAAAGAACCUUGUUGUUGUUCACAGGCCACCAAUGAUAUACCACCCACCACCAGAGAUCUAUGAUCGACCAAACGUUAUAGUACACCGCCCAGACAUUGUCGUGCAUAGACCAUCGGUAGUAUAUCAUCAACCUUCAGUUGUUGUUCAUAGGCCACCAAUAAUUUAUCGCCAGCCACCGAUUGUAUUUCACCAGCCUCCGCCAAUGAUACACCAGCCAAUUAUGCACGCGCAUGAUACUUAUCUUGCCCAUCCCGUUCCAGUGCCCUACACCUCGCAGGUCCAACACGCAGCAACGUACGUUGGAGCUCCGCACUUUUUCCACCAGCCGCAUUUUGGAGGUUAUGUGGGCCAUGUUUUUGGAAAAUCGGUUGUCGAAAAGGUCAAGAACAAAACGCUAAGCGAGGGAAAUGAAAAUAAGGGUAAAAAGGUAACUCAUAAUGGAGACAAAACGCAUACGAGGUCAACACGUGAUGCAGUAGGCGAAAAGAAAGCCAAUGAACGCUCUUCAGAGACUUCUACAGGUCUUAAAAAGAACAAAGUUAUUAUAGCUAGACCACCCAUGAUUUACCAUCCGCCACCCGAGAUAUACGACAGGCCAAACAUUGUUGUUCAUCGACCGGACAUUGUUAUACAUCGCCCUUCAAUUGUCUAUCAUCAAUCUUCCGUUGUUGUUCACAGACCUCCUAUUAUUUAUCGACAGCCUCCAGUUGUAUUCCAUCAACCUCCUCCAUUGGUUCAUCAACCAAUUAUGCAUGCUCACGAUACCUACGUCGGUCAUCCUGUACCAGUACCAUAUUCAUCUCAUAUACAACACACAUCUACCUAUGUUGGAAGUCCUCACUAUUACCCAGGUGGCUGGAACUACGGCUGGAACCAGUUGCACUCUUUUGGACCAGCCUACGGCAAAUCGAAGGUACCAACCAAGAAUUCUAAUUCCUCAAAACAUGUAACCUUAAAAUCAGUGCACAAAGAUAAAGUUAGACGAGCAGCCAAAAACGACCAGGGAAACAAUGACAAGCAAGCGAAACCCAAGUCAGCUGAAAAGAGUAAAAAGAAAAACCAAGUCGUUAUUCAACGUCCGCCCCUAAUCUAUCAUCCACCAGCAGAGGUGUAUCAUAAACCUGAUGUUAUAAUGCAUAGGCCUGAUAUUGUUAUUCACAGACCUUCAGUUGUCUAUCACCAGCCAUCCGUGGUCGUUCACAGGCCACCAGUAAUCUAUCAGCAACCCCCCGUUGUCUUCCAUCAGCCGUCCCCUAUGGUGAGACAGCCAGUUCUGCACGCACACGAUACUUAUCUCGCUCACCCAUACUUUACACCCUACUCAUCAAAUGUUUAUGAUGGUGGAAACUAUGUGGGCGCUCCUCACUUCUUUCAUAACGGAUGGGGAUGGGGAGGACCAGGCUAUGGUUUUGGUCACGCCUUUGGUAAAUCGAAGGUAGAAAAGUCUCACAAGAAACACGCGAUUCACUUAAAAAAAGGCAAGGGCGAUAUCAAAGGUAACAGGAGAACUUUAGAGAAAGAAGAGAAGGACUUGGAGGACGCAGUGAGAUUGAAAAACGAAACCAGGACGGCAACAAAGGGAAACAAAAAGAACCUUGUAAUAAUGCGUCGACCUCCUCUCAUCUAUCAUCCACCACCAGAAGUUUAUCAUAAACCAGAUGUUAUUAUGCAUAGGCCUGAUAUCGUCAUUCACAGGCCUUCAAUAGUUUUCCAUCAGCCUUCGGUUGUAGUUCAUAGACCUCCUGUGAUUUACCACCAGCCUCCAGUUGUCUUUCAUCAGCCUUCGCCCAUGGUCCAUCAGCCGAUCUUUCAUUCGCACGACACGUACCUCGCACAUCCACAGUUUGCACCCUUUACAUCACACUUGCACCACUCAGGGAGCUACGUGGGCGCACCACAUUUUUAUCCCGGUGACUGGGGAUGGGGAGCGCAUGGUUAUGGUGCUGGUUUUCAUCAUGCGUUUGGAAAGUCAAAGGUUGAAAAAGCUUCGAAACAUGAAAGAAAGACAAAAACUGAAAAAGAAACAGAAACUGAAGGAAACAGAAGAACGUUACAGGGCACAAAAGAAGUUACAACUAAUAACAAGUCUAAAAGCAAGAAAGAUGCAACUAAAGGGCACAAGAAGAAUUUAGUAGUGAUGCAUCGUCCACCACUUAUUUACCACCCACCCCCAGAAAUAUACCACAAACCAGACAUCAUUGUACAUAGACCGGAUCUUGUUAUUCACAGGCCAUCAGUAGUUUUUCAUCAACCCUCUGUCGUUGUACAUAGGCCACCGGUAAUUUAUCAUCAAUCGCCAGUGGUUUUCCAUCAGCCUUCUCCAAUGGUUCACCAGCCAAUCUUUCACUCGCAUGAGACUUAUUUUGCCCACCCACACUUUGUGCCGUACCUCUCGCAUUUAACGCACGCUGGUUCUUAUGUAGGGGCACCGCAUUUUUACCCAGGUCACUGGGGGCUACAUCAUGGUUUUGGACAUUUUAUGGGCCAUGCGUUUGGCAAAUCUAAAGUAGAAAAAGGAUCAAAGAAAGGAAAGUUUGAAACUAGCAAAGAACAAGAAACCGCAACUCCAAGCCACUCGGAGGAAAAUUCGAGCAACAGAACCAGAAGAGCCACAAAAGAACCUGAAAUCCAUGGAAAAGGUGGAGUUAAGAAAAGAGAACACAACAAAGACGUAAGCGAAAAAGCAGAAAUUAAAACCUUGGCAAUACAUCCACAAAAGGAGGAUAAAAAACAUCAUAAAAAAGGCCAUAAAAAGAACAUGGUAGUUAUACAACGUCCAACUUUGGUUUACCAUCCUCCUCCAGAAAUCUACGACAGACCAAACAUCAUUGUUCACCGUCCUGAUUUCGUAAUUCAUCAGCCAUCGGUAGUGUAUCACCAACCAUCAGUGGUUGUCCAUCGUCCCCCAAUCAUCUAUAAUCCACCUCCAGUAGUGUUUCAUCAACCUGCACCUAUGGUACACCAGCCAAUGUACACUGCCAAUGAUAUGUAUCGUAGUCAUCCCCAUUUUGUUCCCUAUGCCUCUCAUGUCAGACACUCCCAUACCUACGUUGGAGCACCGCAUUACUAUGCAGGAGGAUGGAGGUACGGUUACGGCUUUUCAGACAACUCAUUAGCCCAUGGAAGUGGAUGGAAUGGCUACAGAGGUCCAUGGGUUCACCCAUCUCCAUCUUACGGGACCAAUUAUUUUGCUCGUACUCAUGUUGCAAGUCGGAGAUUUAUGCAUGGUCCAUACUCCUUAGCAUUUAGCAAGUCCAUUGUUCAGAAGCAUGUUGAAAAACCUGACGACCCAAGUAAGACUCAAGAAAAUCAUGACAAGCAAAAGAAUAGUACACGAUCCCACCAUCCUGUACGUAAAGGAGAGAGACAUCCACGAUCAGCAGAGUCCAGAAAAAACGCUAGUAUAGAUUAUCACCCUGUGAAAAGCGGACUUCACAAGAAAAGGCAUCGGAAUGGCGACGGAGGGAAAAAGAAUCUUGUAAUAAUGAGAAGGCCUACGCUCAUAUAUCACCCACCUCCAGAGGUGUAUCAUAAGCCAGACAUUAUUAUGCAUCGACCUGACAUAGUAAUUCACCGGCCUUCUGUAGUAUAUCAUCAACCUUCGGUUAUGGUUCACCGACCACCAAUUAUCUAUCAGCAACCACCCGUGGUGUUUCAUCAGCCAUCCCCCAUGGUUCACCAGCCAAUAUUUCAUGCGCAUGAAAGCUACAUGGCUCACCCAACCUUUGUUCCUUACACAAGUCAGAUCCAACAUACUGGCACGUACGUGGGAGCUCCAACAAUUUUUCAUGGAGGGUGGAACUACGGAUACGGUCAUGCAUUUGGAAAAUCACAUGUCUUUAAGCAUAAAUCUAAGUCAGGGAAAAAGAACAAAAAGACUGAGAAGAAAAACAAAAUAGAGAGCACCAAACGAAAUAUGUUACAUCCUCAAGAAGAAAAAGAUGAGAAAGCAACAAGAAAAAAUGACAUAGUUGUUAGCCGUCCUCCCAUCAUUUACCACCCACCACCUGAAAUUUAUCAUAGGCCAGACAUCGUAGUUCACAGAGCUCCAAUAGUACUCCAUCGUCCACCGAUAAUCUAUCACCAACCACCCGUCGUUGUUCAUCGGCCGGCUGUUGUGUAUCAUCAACCUCCUAUUGUAUUCCAUCAGCCACCUCCCACAGUUAACCAACCUAUUUUACACUCACACGACUCAUUUAUUCUUCGCCCUGCUGCCCGAUUCUUGCCACAAGGUUCAACAGUCACACAUAGCAUGAGUUAUGUGGGAAUUCCAAACCAUGUAGUACACGGCGAUGAACUUGAUUUUCACCACUUUCAUCGAUCACAAAUAGAACAUUCUGGCCAACACAGAUCCUUACAGAAAACAUUCACAGCUCAAAUAGCGAAAUCAACAAUCUCAAAAACUCCCACAACUAACAAAGAAAACACUGAAACCACCAUCACUGAUCAAACACAGAAAAAAACUUUGCGAUCUACCGUUCAACACCACACACUAAGCAAAAGACAGCUUAUGGGUUCUCAUUCACUCUAUGGACCUGUGUCGCCAAUAAACGACAUUGAAGAUUUACAUAAAUCAAUUGAGCAGAAAGAAAAGCUAUCUACGAUACCAGGAAAGACCUCAAAUCGUCAAAGUGAAGUUGCCAAGCGUUCGGACGAAUCAAGUUAUGAAAUUACCAAGAGGCAAAUAAUUGUGCCAGAAUCUACUGAAAAUGCUUACCACAAUUCUUUACCCUCAGUUUACAACGCACUUGAUGCACCUGCUUUCCAGAAUCAAGUUUUAGCAGAACCUGAAGUGCUACCACAUUCAAAUGGCAUUAGAAUAGAACAUUUGCCUGGUUUUGCAUCCAGUUUACGUGACAUUCAAGAGCUAGCGGGAGCCGGAAUUGCAAGAUCGUCUUUUCCGUUAUCGUUACAGCAAUACUUGCCAACGACUCAGAAAGAGGACUCACCAGACGUACGUGUUCACGUUGAAACCACGAAAUCCUCCAUACCACUCAAGAAACGUGAAAAGAGACAAAUUUUCCCAAUAUAUCAGCAGCAAGGUCCUUCCCCACUACCCCGAGUUCUAUAUCAGCCACCGAGUCUAGGAGAUUUGGGAGUUGUACACGCUGCCGCACCUUCAUCUGUUUACAACCUAUUUAGUCCAUACCACCAAACGUUCCAUACCAUUACAGGUCCACUUCGUUAUUUGCCAUUUGCUUCGCAACUUCAUCACCGCCCCCACGUAAAUAUCAACGUACAGUCAGCAAGGUCAACUAUACCGGACAUGGAGCACGUACUUGAAAAGCGAUCAAAAGAAUCAAAAUCAAAGAGACAGCUUUUAGCCGUUGUUCCACCUAUUUCUGCUGGCAUUCCCCUGGGAUUACAUGGAUUAGAAGGAGCAAGGAUAAUGAAUAACUUUCUUCCGUACUCGCCUUACUCACCUCUGCCACGUUUUUUCUUUCCACCUUUGCCACAUCCUCAGGAAACUGAACCCGACGAUGCAAGUUACCCUGAAGCGCUUCCCUUAUUUCAUCUCCCUACACAACCCAUCCACAACCUAUUUAGCACAUUACCAGAAGACGAUGGCAGUGAGUCACCGACGCUUAACCCAUGGGCGUCUUACUUAAGUGCACUUUAUCGUAACUUCCUUGGAUAUCCUCUUUAUCACAGCGAUCACAAACCUAAAGUCCACGUAGACGUACAAGCAUCAAAAUCACAUAUACCCAAAGCCACUAAAAUGGAGAACAAGCAAGAUGUUCUUUCCCGACCACGUAUUUUCAAACGACAAAUAUAUAAUUACUUACCGCAUUCAGCACUAACAAGUCACUAUACCUUGCCCACAGCUUUAAAUUAUGGUGUACAAGGGUUCCCUUUCCAUCGGAACUCUCCUCGAAUCAACAUUAACGUAGAGACAGCAAAGAAGAAUGGGAUACCUUCAAUGACAAAAGAAAGGAGGUCUCCAAAAGUAGGUUAUACUAAGCAUCUUGAGGAGCAUAAAACUGGUGAUAAAAGGGACGAACUUAUAGGAGGUGGAGAGAAUGGUCAGGAAAUUAACCAAAACCAAGUUAACCCCGAUUUUUCAAAUGCACCAGAGAAUCAAUUUGUUGCUACAAGCGAAGAAGCACCACGUGAGGAGGGAGCUGCGUCAAACGAUAACGAGCAGCUCCAAGGUCAGAACGAGGCUGCCCAGCAGCAACAGUAUCCGGAAAUGGUUGGUCAAAGGCAGGAGCUACAACAAAAUUCAGUUCAGCAAAUAUCACCAUCUCAAGGCCAACCAAUGAUGAUACCGGCUCAAGCACAGCAACUUGCUUUUCGUGGAGGUAAUGUACCAUUGCGAGCACCAAUACAACAACCUUUGCAGGCACCUUUGCAGGCACCCUUGCAGGCACCUAUGCAGGCACCUUUGCAGGCACCUUUCCAACCACAAGUUGCAGUUCCUUUUCAAGGUAUGAUCUCUAGUGGCCUUCCGGGAGCUUCAGUUCUCCCAGUGUCUGAGCAAUCAGUUCCCCAGCAAGCAAUACAAACUGAAGAGGAACAACCAAAACAUACUACCAUUAAUGUCAAUGUCGCGGCAAAAUCAACGGUGCCAAAGAAACAUUCUAAAAAGGUAAAAAACACACUCCAUAAACGACAGUUUGUCGCUUCAACACAAGGUUUAAUCCCCGCCUAUGGAAUUCCUAUUCCUUACAACGGAGCUGCCCCGAUGCCAAGCAACAACAAUCCCCGUGUAUCUAUCAACGUGCAAACUACAAAAAAAUCAGCGGUGGAAAAAGACCACAACAAGCGCCAAAGCAUCUCACUGUUAACACGAUUUCCAGCUAUGCAAGUUCUCCCGCAGACUUUCAAGCAGAAUGGCAUUUUGAUGCCAGCGUUCAACACCUUACCUGUAAAUCAUAGAAUCAAGGCUAAUGGCAUGUUAUUAGAAGAGCUACAGCGACAAAGAAAAUACAAAAUUCCAAAAAUGGGUGACAAGAGGCAGACUGGUCUAAGAAGCAAACUCGGCCAAUCCUCAGAAAUGAAACAAAAGGAAAAUGCAAAGAAACGCCAAUUCUACGCAGUACCGCAAUCACCGUUAGCCGUUCAGCCGUAUCCAUUGGCUCUUCAACCAGCUGUCAAUCAAAGACCCCGAGUUUCAGUAAAUGUGGAUGUAAGCAAGAGAAAGUCUGCAUUCCCAGGAAGAAAACGUCACGGACCUUUAUCGUCUACAAGCGUAAAGCGGAGGUUGCCCAGCUUUGUUGAAAAACUUGAAACAAAGGAGAACUCGAAAUCAAAAAGACAAGUAUAUGGAAUGGAACAGCUUCCGCACAUGAUUCACCUUCCAGUUGUCAGUCCACCUCUACUUUCACAGGUCCCUUCAAAAAAUGAGCGACCCCGUGUGUCAGUCCACGUAGAAACUGCCAAAAAGAAGAAUAAACUAAUGAGCCAAAACGAACCGAUCAAAAAGGAAAGGAGACAAAUUUACGGCCUGUCGGAACUACCGCAUGAAGGGUUACCUUUCCCGGCAAUCAAUCAAGGUCAGGCCCUUGAAUAUUUGCCUAGCUCAGUGCACACUCCCCGCGUUUCUGUCAAUGUUGAGGCGUCUAAGCGCUCGGAUGAAGAAGGCUCGCAUGAUUUGAUCAGUAAACGUCAAGUAUUCGGUGUACAGGCACCUCCUGCACAGCCUUUCGAACAGGCUCAGGAACCCAUUGCAACGAUCAACGAUCAAGAACCACUACAAUCCGAUGAACCAGCACAAGGUAGUUUCUCACAGUCUCCUAUCCACGUUCAAGAGGAACCUCAACUAGAUCAGUUAUCAACGGCAGCUAUUAAUUCAAAUCCUGCAACACUUCAACAGCAACAGGCACAAGAACUACCUUCAGAUGCAGUGCCCUCUCAGGCAGGUGUAAGCCAGAUUGAUUAUGAACGCCCACAUGUUUCCGUUCAAGUGGAAGCAUCUAAAAGAUCAAAUGAUAAACGGAAAGCUGGCACUAUCAAAACUAAUUCUUUGAAACGCAGCAUGCCGCAACUUCACCAACUUGAGCAAGAACCUGAAGACUAUGAGCCCGAUGUGAAUGAACCAGAAACUGUCGCCAACACAGGUACUCUGCUCGGAGACCAAAGACCUCGCGUAUCUGUUAAGGUCGAUGUAGCCAGAAAGAAACAUGAUAUUUCAGGCACUACGUCUAAGAAAAAGAUUAGAACUACAGUAAAAAGGCAGUUUACGGUUCCAUUUAACGAAGGAUCAAAUACAAUUCAAGGCAAUCCUAUUCAAAAUACUCAAUUCCUGACGGGUGAAAACCAAGAAGAAAACGAACAAGGUGUCCAGCAGGUUUCCAUGCUACCACAACCUCAAUCUGAAUCGCUUGAACAACAACAAGAGCAAGAGCAAGAGCAAGAGCAACCGCAACCGCAACAGGAGCAGCCACUUGCAUUUGUACAACCUAUGCAACAGCAGCAAAUUCAACCGUUUCAAACACUUACGCUACCUCUAGAACACAAAACACAACCGAAAGUGAGCAUUAGUGUUCAGACAGCGAAAUCUCUGAUAUCUACAAAUAAUGAUCGUGGAAAGAGCUUUGGCCAUCAUAAGGAACAGACACCAGAGCGAAAAUCGAGACGCCAAUUGUUUGGAACCGUUCCUCUUCUUAGUUCACUAGGGCAGACAGCUGUGACUGGUAGCGUUAGUAAGGAAAAUGGAAGAUCAACUGUUCCACAGUCCACAAAAGGGAAAAUCAUAAAAGAAAAUCGCAUUCAAGCGGGUAGAAAAGACAAGCGUACUUGGAAACGUCAGCUAUAUAAUUAUCUAGGAGGUCAACAGGAACAACAAAUUCUGCCCACACAGUCUUUGCAAAGUAUCAGUGAACCUCAACAAGAACAGGCUUCAAUACAGCCCAUUCAAGCCUUUCAACAGGAUGCCGGUGCACAGCUAACACAAAUGAACCUUCCGCAAGCCUCCUUGACGCAAACAAACGACCAAGAGGCUUCUCAACCAUACCUGGCCCAAACUGAGGAAAAUCAGCAAGGUUCGGUGUUAACCACUCAACCUCAAGAAUCCUCUGUUAGCCCAAUUAAUACAUUUCAACGUCCUCACGUGAGCAUAAAUGUACAAACGGCUAAAUCACUCGUGCCAAACCCAGAAAGAAAGUUUCACAGUCAUGAACUUGAAACUAACAUGCCAAGAUCUCAUCUGGCAACUGGAAAAAAUCACGAAACAAAGAAAUUUAAAAGGCAGUUUGAUCUUCUUGGAGGCGGCGUUAUUGAAAGAAGACGAGGUCCAAAGUUCGUCCCAGAACCCUUAAAAAAACCACGCGAGGAGAACUUGUUUGGUUUGGGUAACAACCUUAACAAGCCCGUUGAAGUCUUCACAGAUCCGAUUUCAAACCUAGUUGCAGGUGGAGCUGCUGGAAGAAAGAGACCAAAGCUCGGAGGAAUACGACUUGACAGUCCUACUGGAGUUGGAGCUCUGCCGCUUAAAGGAGCCGCCAACCCUUUAGAAGGCACGCUUCCUUCAGAUUUAGGUGCACAAGCUAUACUUCAAGACAGUCCAGCAGAGACAGCUCCCCCGUUGGCACAGGAACCUGGAGUGACCAGUGAGCCUUUAUUUCGUCCACCUAGUGGUAUAGCUGGACCACAACUGGAUACACUAGAACGAGAGGGUGCAACCAAUAUCCCACUAUCAGACCUACCUUCAACUGGACCAGCUAUUCUACCUCUGCCUGCAAUCAAUAGGGCCUUUUUGAGAAAUUUACCUUUGCCCGCUGCACCGCUUCCUCAGGGGAACCCACUUCUUUUAGCUCCACGAAUGUUUCCAAUACUUCCUUUCGCACCCCCUAUGGCAGUUCCACCCGUGGUAGAACCUCCAGCACUGCAAGAACCCACACCAGAGCCGCAACAGGCCCCACCACCGUUAGCACCCAUGCUUCCACCAGUUAUUCCUAUGCCAGUUCCUAAUAUCGCACCGGUUCCUAAUAUCGCACCGAUUCCAGCCCAACCCAGCUUGUUUCCUGAACCAGAAGAGGAUAAACCAUCGGUGCAUGUUAAUGUGGAAACGUCAAGGUCCAACGUUCCUGUAAGGGAACACCACUCCACGCAGCACGCGAAUGGCUCAGCCAAUCGUAGCUAGGCCGGGAGUGAAAAUAGUGCUCGAGGGCCUGAUGUGGUUUUGCACAACAUACGUUAUCGAGAGGAGUAAAAGAACAAAACGGAAUGGGGUUGUGAAGCCUACUUAGGCAUGGAAUUUUGUAGAUACUUGCAACACCCUCGUGAUGAUUCAACGCCCGUUGCAAAAUAUAUUCUCUUUUCGUCUGAAAGUGGCUAAAAUUAGCUGAAGCAGCGUUGCGUGUAGCAGAACAUGGCUUGACCUUAAAUACAUUAAAUUGAACGAAUGAUUCAAACUUAUCCACCUUCUUAUGAACCACGAAAUGAUGACCAUGGCCCAAUCGACAUGGGGUAUUCGUGUUUCUGUCGAUCAUACUACCGAACAGUGAACAAAACGGAUCUAUUUCAAUGGUAGUGCAAGUUAUUCUUUCUAAGAAAGCGGAUAGAUAUUGAAGCGAAAUCAGUUUCUAGGAUUAGUAUUAUAACUGCCCACUGAAUACGAAUCAGUGGACACAGGAAUUUUUCUUUAAGAGCCAAUUUGCAUAAAACAAUCCAUUAAUUCCCUGGAACAAACCCAAGGGAAAAGCACGGUCUGAUUUUGUUUUUAGCCAUGUCUCGUCUACGGAUAUACAGCGAUUUCAAUUAUUGUUACAAUCAUCAGGCUAACAUCAUACAUGUUUUUCCUUAAUGGGCUUGUGUCCUGCAACAAAAGCAAACGGCAUUGUCCCAUGCAAAUUGGCUUUUAUAAUAUAAGUGAAUAUAUCUCAAAGAUUGCUGCUAUCUAGGAGCUAAAAUAAUUGUUUAUAUCCAGUUUGUUAUCCAAGGUUAGACAGAACGUUACCUGGAGUUGCGUCAAAUUUGCAUGAGUGAGAUCUCUUUGAGUUUUUACUGGCUCCUAAGUCCACAGAACGAUAACGUAUAUGAUAAACGCGAUAUGAAACAUCAAAAACAUUUUCUAUGAAUAAAACACUUUGAUGAAGUUUUGAGCCAUUUUAGAGACAAUUGUGACAAUAAAAAUUGAAUUUUAA